CCGCCGGGGCUCGAGAGGCCCGCGGAUACUCCUGGGGGCUCCCAGGCUCGCCCCGUGCUCAAGCCAGGCGCCGCGCCCCGGAAGACUUUGGCAGCCAUGGGCGGCCACAUGCGGCUCUGGCACCCGAAGUGGUUUUCGCGCUACCUCUGGGGCUUCGUGGGCAGCGCUCAGCUCAUGGGUUUUGCCGCGGACCAGAGCUAUGGCAUCAAUCGCGCCAAGAACCCUGAGGUGUUGUGGCCUUGGUGGCACGAGAUCAUGCGCAAGAAGGAGAACGGCGAGAUCCCCAUGGACAUGCCGGGGUACAUGCUGACCAAGUACCGCAAUGAGUCCGAGCAGCGCUGGAGCGCGGAGAAGGAGGAGAAGUUCGGUGAGUUUAUGAACGCCAUGAGCGCGGAGGAGGAGUGA